AUGCGAUCAUUCGAUUUUAAAUAUGUCAAAUUGAUUCAGGUUCUUUUCUCAUCUCUUUUUACACUUCCUACUAUUCUUUACCUUUUCCUUUUUAUUAUUUCUUCUUCUCCUUCUCCUUCUUCUUCUUCUCCUUCUUCUUCUUCUUCUUCUUCUUCUGCACCACUUGAUACAUCUCUUUUUUCAUCCUUCUCCUACUUCUUUCUUUCUUUCUCUCUUUCUUUCUUUUUUCUUUCUUUCUUUCUAUUCUUUACUUCUCCAUUUCUCCAUUCUCUUUUUAGUUUUAUACUUCUUCUUCAUGUCGUUUUCCUUUCCAUCUUUUUAUCUCUUUCUUCGUCAUCAUCUUCUUCUUGUUCCUCUCCUUUUCCUUUUCGUCAACAUAUUCUCCUCUUAUAUCGUAUUAUUAUACUCCCCUCCUUGUCAUUAUUAUUAUUGUUUUUUUAUAUCCUUUCUUCUUCUUCUUCUUCUUCUUCUUCUUCUUCUUCUUCUUCUUCUUCUUCUACACCAUCUGAUCCAUCUGUUUUUCCUCUCUCUCCUUCUCUUUCUCCUUCUUUCUUUCUUUCUUUCUUUCUUUCUUUAUUUCUUUAUUUAUUUAUUUCCUCUCAUUUUCUUCUCCAUUUCCCUAUUCUCUUUUAUUAUCCUUUUUGGAUUUAUACUUCUUGCCGUUUUUCUUCUUUUUUUUUCCUUUUAUCUCCUUCUUCGUCAUCAUCCUUUUUCCUUUUCGUAAGGUUCCUAUUCCUAUCUUUCCUUCUUUAUCCUCUUCCUCCUCCUCUUCUUCUUCAUGUAUUUUCCCUUCUGAUAUCUUCUUCUGUGGCUUUUUCUUUUCUUCUUCUCAUUAUUAUCAUUAUUGUUGUUGUUGUUGUUGUUGUCGUCGUCGUCGUCGUCGUCGUUCUUCUUCUUCUUCUUCUUCUUCUUCUUCUUCUUCUUCUUCUUCUUCUUCUUCCUUCCCUUCUUGCUCUCUGUCCUCUUCCUUCUCUCAUUUUCACUCUUGUUCUCUUCCCCACUCCCCAUACCCCUACCACUUCUCCAUUUAACAUACUUUCCUUUUCUUUAUGUCCCCCAUUAUUAUCGGUUCAAUCAAACUAUACACUGAAUAAUUAUUUCGUAACAUUUUUCUUUCUCUCUCUCUCUCUCUCUCUCUAUCUAUCUAUCUCUUUCUCUCUCUUUCUCUCACUUUCUCUCUUUUCUUCUUCUUCUUCUUCUUCUUCUUCUCUCUCUCUUUUCUUCUCUCUUCUUCUCAAUUAUAAUUUCCAUUAUCAUCAAUUCACACCCGCGCGAACCCAAGUUGCAUAA